AGCGGUGAUCUUUGACAGAAAGGGAGGGACUGGGUAUCCUCCAGGCGCAUUUUACAACUAGGAGAAAGAGGUGCAUCCUGUCGUCUUUUAUACCCACAAGUUUCGUCACUUAGCCUGAUCUGAACAUCAGUUUUGGCCCAGUUCAAUGAUACGCAUUUGUUUAAAGGGGGUAAGAUGCAGAAAUCUUAAUGCUGAUCAAGACAAAAUCCACAAAGUUCCAUUAACCUCCCUAAAUUCCAUUUCCCGAUAUCUUAUCAAUGCACCUCCCGUCAAUGCCACUGGCCUGUGAUGAUACGCUGAAGGGUAUCACGUUAGAGAUGGAUGCUGGAAGCAUUUUCUGCUUUGCACUGAUGAUGUUAUCUAGUUUGGAUAAUGAAACGCCUGCAAAAAAAAACAACCAACCUCAGACAGCAAGCACCAAGGACCCCUCAUUUCAACCCCGAGCUACAAAUAUUCGUCUUUAUUGGUAACACUUAAACGUUAUUGGUACCCAACCUUUGUAGAAAUGACCAUCAUAAGAUGACUGAAUUGGAUGAUGAAAAUAAGGGCAUCAAGCCUGCUGCCUAUGAAAGAAUAGUACUGAAGAAUGUUUCUCAAUAUCAUUAUUUGAAGAUCCAUUUGGAGUUUGAAGAAGCUGGCAUAAGUUUAAAUGCUGUUGAUUUCAAGCAACUUAUCAUCUCUGCUUUGAAACGGCUCCAUGGUGAGGUUGGUUCUGCGUUGCCUGUUGAUGUUUUGACAUAUGAGGAAAAAACAUUGAUUGCCAUACUUAGAGUAUCUAAUGCUGGCCUAGCAAAACUGUGGAGUGCUUUAUCACUGCUUGGUUCUUACCAGAACAGAAAGUGUGCCUUCAGGGUGAUACAGACUUCUCCAUUUCUUCUUGCAUUAGCUGGGAAUAGCAGAGAAAUGGUGCUAGCUUAAUUAUUCGGUUGAUUUUGGUUUGUAUAACACCAAAAUGCUGAUGACAUUGCCCAAAUACAGAUUUUUUUGUGUGAGACUCGGG